UCAGCUAGACGUAUUUACAAGAACUUGCCAUAAUUUCAUAAUAUUCUUGAAAUAUAAAUAAUUGGCUUUCAUAAGCAUGUUUAUUCAUGGUAGUUGUUACUUGCAUGAGUGUGGCAUGACUAGACAUAUCGUAAUGUGAAUGAUAUACAAAUUAUAGUCAAUUUAAUUAAACAUAACCUUAAAUUUGGGUCUUAGAUAUGAAGACAUGAUAUUUGUCUCUUGUUUUAAUGCAUUUGUUAGUAGUAUUUCAAAACUUAGAGGGCGUAAUUAUCUAAUUAGACUUUACUCCACUCAUAAAGACGAAUCAUUAAUAAAUUUACUUAAUAAGACAUUCAAAAUGCCCAAACCAACUCCUCAUACUGUUGCUUUAAAGAAACAACGCCUUAAGUUAAAAGAGAAGAGCUUAAAAUAUAAUCCUGGUAUUGUGAAUCUUCAAGUUCUUGGAAGUGGUGCACAUGGAGCUCCGAGGUGUUUAUAUGUAUUCACGGACCAGUCAAGGUAUCUUUUCAACUGUGGGGAGGGUACUCAGAGACUAGCACAUGAACAUAAGAUGAAAUUAUCUAAAUUGGAGCACAUUUUUGUUACUCAUACGUCAUGGGAAAACAUUGGUGGACUGCCUGGCGUGUCACUGACCAUUCAAGAUGUAGGCGUUCCGCAAAUCACUCUUCAUGGACCCCCAGGCACGGACCUAGUCUUCUCAGGAACUCGAAGGUUUGUUGUUCUGCGUCACUUGGCGGUUCAGAUGGCGUCAUGUGAACGUGACACUGUGUUUGAGGAUAACAUAUUGAGUGUGAGAUAUGUUCCACUGUACAGCACGGCAGGGCGUGCUUGGCACAAUACUCCACUAUCUGACAAGUCUCCGGACCGAACCACUCCAGAUGACUCGACCGAUGACGACACUGACUAUUACGCUUACUGGCACAAGGGACCAAGGUCGAGAUCUAAUUCUCCAACAAAUACUGGAAGUCCAGGCAAAAGCAAGAAACGACGCCACCUUUCACCAGAUAACCGUAACAAUCCCCGUAACCUUCCACCACCCGGCAGCAUCAGUAUGGCAUACAUAUGUAGGCUGCAGGAUCGCCCGGGGACACUUGACUUGAAGGCCUGUGUUUCACGAGGGGUACCUCCUGGUCCACUACUCGCCAGACUAAAGGCAGGAGAAGACAUUCAACUGCCUGAUGGGACUAUUGUUAUGUCAAAAGAUGUCAAAUCACCAGACGAACCUGGGCCUGUAUUCAUAGUGGUGGAGUGUCCGAACGAGGAGUUCCUGGAGAGUUUGACGCAGGAAGAGUUGUUCAAGAGACACCAGAGUGAGACACAGAGUGUAGAAGACGCAGCAUCACUGGUCGUGCACUUCACUCCGGCUAGUGUCAUGACUCAUCCCAGUUACCGCAAGUGGAUGUCGCUUUUCCCUCCAAGUACACAACAUCUGGUCCUCAAUGACAGCAACACCUGCCUAGGCUCUGUAGCUGUCCAUAGGAUACAACACAAGCUGCGACUACUGUCAGAGGACAUGUUCCCACUACUAGCCGACCACUAUGAGGGGUCACAGAAUGGCUCGAUAUCAAAACACUCAGAAGAAAACAACCUUGAUAAACUGAAGGGAUCUUUCGCCAUACUUCCUGGCCAGACGCUCAGCACGAUUCAUCUCCGGCCGCAGAAAAUCUUAGAUUGGUCCCCGAAGUUGCAGAUGAUGCCUCAAGCUUGGCGACAGGAGACUUUGUCCGUGGAAGGUUUCCCAGAUGAGUUGGCUGCACUGAGACAACAGUUGGCAACAUUGCCAGAGGACGGAGAGUACCCUCACGUAGUAUUCCUAGGCACAGGCUCUUGUAUUCCCAGCAAGACAAGAAAUACCAGCGGCAUUCUGAUAAAUCUCAGUGAGUCGACCUCCAUGAUAAUGGAUUGUGGAGAGGCGACAUACGGACAACUAGUCAGGAUGUACGGCUGUCGGACUGGUAAUGUCUUGGAAGGUCUGCGAGCUAUCUACGUGUCUCAUCUACACGCAGACCACCACAUAGGGUUGGUGGCGCUGCUGAGAGCUUUGCCGAGGUCUGGACGUCCUAUCUACCUAAUGGCUCCCAAACAGAUCAGGACUUGGCUGACAACCUACCACAGACACAUUCAGCCCGUCAUGCACGGAGUUAAACUGGUGCCUAACGAUCAACUGCUGUACAACAACGCAACACUAGACUCGGAUGUUGAGGCUGGUCUACUUGAUGCUCUGGGCCUCGCCCAAGUGCGGACCUGCACAGUGACUCAUUGUCCGAAUGCCUUUGGUUUCGCCAUCACCCACCGAGACGGCUGGAAGAUCACAUACUCGGGUGACACAAUGCCUUGCGAUGAACUGGUCAAACUGGGCAAAGACAGUCACUUGUUGAUUCACGAGGCUACUAUGGAAGAUGAUUUAGAAUCUGAGGCCAAAAUCAAAAUGCACUCCACAACAAGUCAAGCCAUUGAAGUGGGAAGACGGAUGGGGGCUAAAUUCACCCUCUUGACUCACUUCAGCCAAAGGUAUGCCAAGGUGCCUGUAUUCAGUGAGAGCUUUACGCCCGAUGUCGGCAUCGCAUUUGACAACAUGAAAGUUCGGUUCUGUGAUAUCCCCAAGCUACCUAAGAUGUACAACGCCAUGAAGCUCAUGUUUGCCGAACAUUACGAGGAGAUGGAGCAGAAAGCAAUGAAGAGACAGCUGACACUGGAGCGAGAACAGAGAGCAAAGGGUCUUGUAAACUAGUAAACAAUGUUGGUACAACUUGUUGUGUUUCAGAUAGCCUACUUCCCUUUUGUC